CGCAGCCUCACACACUCAAUGCUUUGUCACACUCUUUGUCAUUCACUAUCUCUGCACCUUUCUCUCUUCGACAGUUACAGAGACUCACACAGAUAAACUGAGCAAACCGACUGUCCACGACCUUAUCCACCAACCAUUCGGACAUACAGAGGCAGCUUGUUGUCCUCAACAUGGAUAACAAGGCCGAUGUGAGGUCCAUCAUGGCUCGCUUCCAAACGAGUGGGGCGAGCACUGAUGACAGUUCCUCCACACCGCCCAUACGAGCCAAACCACAACUGCACCCUACCCUCUCCUCCGGCCCACCUAUACAACCAAAGAAACCUGUCUUGGAGAGCCUCUCUGGCAGUGCGAUAAAUACACCUCCUAAACCCUCUUUCCUAAAAAACACACCAUCCAGUAAAAGUGACACAGAUGCAGUUGAACCAAACAGAGCAAAAGCCCUGGCUAGCAGAUUUGGAAACAGCCAGGAUGACACCAACACCAACAACAAACCUUUCAUUAAUAAACUGCACACACCUUUGAAGCCACCUUUUUCACAUGGUGUUGAAGCUAAAGACCCUGUACAUAAGCCUCCAUUUCACAAGCCCCCCCUUAGCUCCACCAUGUCCGACGCCAAACCUGCCUUUCCUAAACCAUCUCCAGCAAUCGGCACCAAGCCCAGCUGGGUGAAGCAAGACAAUAGUGGGGGUGCACCAUCCAACACUAGCUUCACACCACCCAAAGUACCACCUUUACAACAAAAACUGAGCAGUGGCCUCGGAAAGCUACGGCAGCAAAAUGAAGAAAUUGGAGCAGCUAACAUGGACACUGCGAACAAAACUUCACCUCCAACAAGUUACAAUUUUAAGCCCCCUCCAGCCCUCAGGACUGCUCAGAAUAUCUUCAACAAGGAGGACAAGACAGAGCAGUCAGAUAGUGGCAUGAAAGCAGAUGGAGGCUACAAACCGCCUGUCACUGCUAGUAAGUCCAUCCCUCCGAAACCUCCUGCCAGUAAAAAGCCUAGCAUUAAGAAACCUGCAUCUCAGGCUGGCAGCAUUAAUGGUGACACCACUUCAGGCCCCAAGUCUAAUCCUCUCCCCAACAGUUUAGCAUUGGGCCCUGCUCCUGCUAAACCUAACCGACCUCCCAAAGUCAACCUGGAAAGUUUCAGAAGAGGUGCUAAGGCCUCUGAUGAUGGUUCUGGCACCUUUAAGAAACCCGUCAUCCCGACUCCUUCAGCCUUUCACCCCAGUAACCAUAGCAACCAUGUGACCCCACCUCCACCUCCUCAGAAUGCACUCCCCAGUCUGCCCCCACGACCACCUGGAACCAUGAUCCAGGCAGAUGAGUGCUAUGAUGAUGUUGAUGAACUGAAAAGCGCUCCUCCACCUCUACCACCGUCCGCAGGUCACCCGAGUCAGAGAGCAAAGGAAGAGAAUGAUGAUGAUGAUGAUGGAGAGAUGUACGAGGAUCUCGAUGAACGAUGGGAAGCGGCUGAACAAAAGCAAGACAAGAGGAAAGAGAAAGAGGAUAAGGAGGAGAAAAAACGCCUGGAGGCUGAGAAGAAGGGGCAGAAGGAGCGAGAGAAGAAGGAACAAGAGGCCAGAAAGAAAUUCAAAUUGGUAGGCCCUCUGGAGGCCAUCCACCAAGGGAAGGCUUGUGUGGACUGCCGAGGCAGUAAAACAGACCUCGCUCUGAAGCAGGGAGACAGCCUCGAUAUCAUCCGUGUCCAAGGCAACCCAGAAGGGAAAUGGUUGGGACGGACGCAGGAUGGAUCCAUUGGUUAUGUGAAGACCACUUCAGUGGAAAUCGACUUUAACACUUUGAAGAAUCGUCAAAGUCAGCAGCCGUCGUACGACCCUGAGGUCUACGAUGACAUUGAUGUGGCCUCUCUUGAUAAUAGUGGGAUCAAAGCACCAGGAGUGAUUCUACCACCACUACCGGGGGAUGGAGGAGAGAUAUACGAUGAUAUUCUCGAUCCAAACCUGGAUGUCAGUCCCCUGGAUUCCAGGUCUUCUACUACAAAGCCACGUGGCUUCCUGUGGAUGUUUGAGCGGAACAGACGUCCUACCAUCACUAAUGAAGUGCCUCCACCCAGCCAGUUUACCGCAGAUGGAAAAUCAGAUCAGCCACCAAUCGAUGAGGAUAUUUACGAUGAUGUUGACUCUCAAAAUUUGCCUCCACUUCCUCCCAUCAACAGCCUUCCAACCCUGAAAGGCAAAAGAAAGACUGACGAGAAAGAGGACUCAAAGAAGCAGAAAAAGUUUGAGAAAGAGGAGAAGGACUUCCGGAAAAAAUUUAAAUAUGAUGGGGAAAUACAGGUCCUGUACCAGGUGAGCAUCAUCCCCACACUCACUAAUAAGAAGUGGAGCGGGAAAGAGCUGCCAAUCAAAGCAGGAGAGAAACUCGAUGUCAUGGUUAAAGCCGUGGAUAACAAACUCAUCUGUCGGAACGACGAGGGCAAAUUUGGUUACGUUUCGACCAGCCACAUUUUCAUGGACGAUGGUGAUAUCUAUGAUGAUAUUGGAGACGAUUGCAUCUAUGACAAUGAUUGAAAAAACAUCUUGCUGCAGGUCUAUGGUCUUACAUCGAUAUUGUUCAUGUUAUUUAUUACGUUUAUUGAUGGCAUAUAUUAUGUUUGCUUUAAGUCAGCCUGAUAAUCAGAUUAAAUUUCACUUCAUUAUUUAUUAAUGAAUAUUUGAAUUGCUGAAAAGAAUUGGACAUCUGUGCAGCUAUUGAAUAAUCUGGGACCAGGCUAGCUUUAAGUCCUUUGAACAAUGUGAUCCUUUAAAAUUUUGUUUCUUCAAAAAACUAGAGGUGCACUGAUACCGAUAUUGAUGUCAGAUAUCUGAUAUUGAUUCUAAUAGCUCAAUCAGAUAUCAGCGAUAAAGGGUUGAUCUGGUACCGUAUACCAUUAUUUUAAUUAAUAUCAAUUCAGUCAAUUUAUAUCUAUGUAUAUAUUUGUUACAUUUUGUUUUAAAAAGUUAGGAAAGCAAUGUUUAAGUUUGUUAUGUGUGAUUUUGCCUUACAGGCAUACAUCUUAUUAAUUAAACACUGGUAUCGGUAACAGCCUAUAACCAAAGCCCAGUUAUUGGUAUUGAAAAAGUUGCAUCAGUGCAUCCCUAAAAAAUUUUUAAAACCAACAAAACGAAACAUUUUAAAAUGGUUAUGGUAUUUGCAAUAUCUCAGCAAAGCAGGAAACAUUUGUUGGAUCAACAGUAUUUGCAUGUUUCUGUUUGAAUGUUCUCUUUUGUUUUCUUUUUAAAUCUUCAUAGCACUGUAUCUACAUGUAUGCCUAUACUGUCUACAUUUUUAUAAGAACAGCAACAAUUUUAAAUGAGAAUUGUAAACACUGCUUACUCUGUUAUUAAAUGCUUAACAUGA